UCUGUUCUGUCUAGAGUCAGUUUAAUCAACCAAUCGAAUGCCACCACGUUAGUUGGUGCAGACCACAUGAUAAAAUUACGUGUAAACCGGCAACAGUAAGUGGAAGUGGCUAUCAUUUUCCAUUGUCAAUGAAAACACCAAGUAUGUUUUUGAGAAAGAGUUUAUUAAUAUUUCUAUUACUUGCACUGUGUACCUCAUUUGUGUGUGCAGUUGAAGGUGAUAAAGAUAAUGAUUAUUUUACUGGAAUCAAAGAAGGUGGGGACCUUGAUGAUGAAGCAGAUGAUGAUAUAGAGAAGCAUAUAGAGGGUGAUGUCUCAGAAGAGGAAGAAAAAGUUGAAGAACCACCAGUUGAAAGACCUCUUUAUACAAAACCGAAAGUUGUUGGUUUUGCUUAUUUUGCUGAACCUUUCCAUAAUGAAAAGGAUCUUGAUAAAAAAUGGAUCCUAUCUCAAGCUAGGAAAGAAGGUGCUGAAGAAAGUAUUGCUAAAUAUGAUGGUCGAUGGAGUAUAGAAGAACCUGAUGUCAAUCCUUUAAAAGGAGAUCUUGCUUUAAUUCUGAAGGUAAACUAAUAUUUCUGAGGAUUU